AUGAAUAAUCUUGGAGUUUUGGGGCAGCAGAAGCGAUUUUCUGUGCUUGACCUCCAUGUCCCUUCUCACUCCAAGCUCAUGCCAGUGGCGGCGCCACUGCCAUUGUCUCGCCCUCACUUCAAUUCCCUUUCUUGUAAAAUUGAAUUUCUCAUGUCUUCUAAAUUGUUCAUAGAACCCAACUCUGCAUCUCUCGCUCACACCGAGCGUCAGCGUCGUUUAAUAUGCAAAACGAACAGAAACUCAGACAUUGUAUCAGAGCUCGAGCUCGGGAAGCAAAAAGAGAAACAGAAGCCAGAGAAGCGUGUCAAUGGCAUAUUCUGGAUUCUACUUAUCAAUCUUGGAGUAUAUGUGGCAGAUCAUGUGUUUCAGGUUCGGUGGAUAAAAGGCUUGUACUUGUACCAUAGCCAACCUGCUUGGCACCAGUUCAUAACCUCAACAUUCUGUCAUUUUAAUUGGAGUCAUCUAUCAAGCAAUCUCUUUUUCUUGUAUAUUUUUGGAAAACUCGUUGAAGAGGAAGAAGGAGCCUUUGCGCUAUGUCUUUCCUAUAUCUUGACAGGUGCUGGGGCUAACCUCGUUUCAUGGUUAAUUCUCCCAAGAAAUGCAGUUUCUAUUGGAGCAUCCGGUGCUGUAUUUGGACUCUUUGCAAUUAGCGUCCUUGUGAAGAUGUCGUGGGAUUGGAGAAAGAUCCUUGAAGUACUUAUAUUGGGACAAUUUGUGGUAGAGAAGGUAAUGGAAGCAGCCCAAGCUUCAACAAGCUUAGCAAGCGGUUACAGAGGAGUCUAUGGUGUACAAAACGUGAAUCAUAUAGCACAUCUCUCAGGUGCCCUUGUCGGUGUAGUUUUGAUAUGGCUCCUUAGCAGGGUUCCUUCUCCACCGGUGCACGGAAAAUGA